AUGUCUUUAUACUGGCCUGAUUACAGAUUUGGUAAUUUCGAAAAUUCGGUAACUCGUCUAUUCGAUGAUUUCUUCAAGGACCUUAAUGUUGAAAGACAAUCUGGAAAUAAUAAUACACGAAGUGUUAGUCGAACUGGUUGGGUUCCAUCUCUCGAUGUUCACGAGAGUGAAAAAGAAUUUAUUGUGAAUGCUGAAUUACCAGGAGUUACAAAAGAACAAAUUAAUCUUGAUGUUCGUGAAAAUACACUUUUAAUUUCUGGCGAGACUAAAAAAGAUGAAAAAUAUAAGGAAGGAAAUACACAUAUUCAAGAACGUCAAUAUGGAAAUUUCACUCGUGCUAUUACACUUCCUCGUAGUGUUAAAACUUCUGAUAUCACAGCUAAGUUUGAAAAUGGCAUUCUUGAAGUAAAACUUCCAAAGGAUGAAGAUGCAA